AUGCGGUGCCUUUGCAACGACUCUAUUACUCUAAGCAUUAUUGCCAUAACAGAUCGGUUUGUUGGUUUUUCGGUUUGCUUGGAUAACCGCUCGAUGGCCAUUGCUGCCGUUUAUGCUUCUACCAGCAUGAUUAAAAGAAUGGAGUUAUGGAAGGAUCUUAAUAAUAUUCAGGUUUCUAAUCCUCUUCCUUGGGCCUUCUUUGGGGAUUUCAAUGCUAUUAUGGGAGCGUUUGAGCAUCGGGGCCGAAACAAUCCGGCUAAGCAGCCGAUGGCUGAUUUCAUUAGUUGGACUGAUUGCAAUAAUCUCUUUCACUUCCCUACUAUUGGUGCCAAGUUUACUUGGUCUAAUAAAAGGGACCCACCCUUCUUUAUAGAGAGAAGACUCGAUCGGUGCAUAGGUAAUUCUCUGUGGCUGGAUAUUUGUAGCAGCAUUGUUGUUUCCACGCUUCCAAAGAUUUGUUCUGAUCAUUAUCCGCUCCUGCUGGAUUUUCAUAUUCAUUCUAUUAAAGUCACAUCCCAAAUCAAGUUCCUCCGCACCUGGUCGCUUCAUGAUAAUUGCAAGGAAUUGAUCUUCUCGGCCUGGUCGCAAAAUAUCGUUGGUUGUCCCAUAAAUUCGGAAGAUAAUUUGAUUAGGAUUCAAGAGUGCAUCCAAACAGAUGGUAUUUCUGCCUCUCUGAAGCAGCAGGAAUUUGAUGCUCAAGCUUCUCUCAAUAAAGCUAUGGAUGUGGAGGAGCAAUUUUGGAGGGACAAAUCCAGAUUCUUCAUCUCCGACUGGUUGCUCCCUGGAUUUAACGCAAACAGUAUUAUUCUUAUCCCUAAAGUCAAAGGAUCAGAUUCAUUGGAUCUUUUCAAACCUAUUCUGGUGUCGAAUUUCAAGUUCAAAAUUAUUACAAAGAUUUUGGCAGACCGUUUGGCUUCCAUUAUGCCUUUUCUUAUUUCAAAGGAGCAGAGAGGCUUUAUCCAAGGUAGGCAUAUUCAUGAUUUCAUUGGUUUGGCGUCGGAGGCGUUUAAUUUGUUAGACUCUAAGGCUUGGUGCGGAAAUGUGACGCUUAAGGUAGACAUUGCAAAAGCGUUUGAUACCCUGGAUUGGAGUUUCCGUAUGAAAGUGUUGCACAAAUUCGAUUUCAAUGGGAAGUUUUGCUUGUGGAUUGACAAAAUUCUGAAAUCUGCCCACCUGUCAGUUAAUAUCAACGAAGUGUUGUAUGGUUAUUCGAAUUGUUCUCGUGGUGUCCGGCAAGAGGACCCACUUUCGCCGCUGCUUUUCUGUCUUGUAGAAGAGCUAGAUCUUAUCAAGGGUCCUAACAAUAUUAUUGUACCUUCUCAUAUCCUUUACGCGGACAACGCCUUCAUAUUUUGUAGAGGCAAGUUCUCAAACAUUAAGAACCUAAUCUAUGCUUUUGAAGAAUAUGCUACUGUGUCGGGGCAGCAUGUGAACUGUAAUAAGUCCUUCCUUUAUGGUGGUUCUUUGUCUGUCUCCAGAUUGAAUAUUUUGGCGAACAUGUCGGGGUUCAAAAUUGGCACUUCUCCGUUUGUUUAUCUUGGAGUUCCUAUCUUUAAAGGUAAACCUAAAGUGGUUCAUCUUCGUCCUAUUGCGGAUAAAAUCAUUCAAAUGCAGCUUCUUGGAAAGGUGCUCUUUUAUCAUUCGCCAGUAGCGUGGAGCUUGUGA